AUGGCCAAGGAGCAUGUGGAACGGGAUUAUGCUGUAGUUGGCAGUUGGGAGGACACAAAUAUAACCCUAACUGUCCUCGAACAAUAUAUUCCACGAUUCUUUCGUGGGGCCAAGCUCAUGUAUGAAAUGCACAAUAACAAGAUCACCAAUCGGAACAAGAACAAACGUAAACCGUUUGUAGAGCCUGAGGUCAAGGAGAUGAUUCGCAAGAAUUUUACCAACGAGUACGAUUUUUAUUAUUUCUGCAAGCAGCGUUUGUAUAAGCAGUACCUGGCCCUCAAUCUGAAAGAAUUGGAGAAACAAGGCCUUUUAAAUUAGUUACAGUCCAACAUUUAGAUAAUUGUAGGUGAUAUAUAUAUGCGAACAAAACUUCAUAUCUCAAUAAAUAGUAGUCAGUGAAAACAGUAGAUUAGACCCACACUUUCUUUACACGCUGAACCCAUAUCUGUGUCUUUUCGUUUUUGUUGUGUGGCUUGAACCUCCCUCACAUGAAGCUUCUAAACCCAUAACC